AUGUCUGAGGACGAUCAAAAUUCUAAGGAGAUUGUAACAUCAUAUGAUGAAAUAUUGGAGAUCACAGGAUUGUUAGCUAUGCGUGAUAAUUCAACGUCAUGUGUCACUGAAAAGAAAGAGACUCCUAGUUCAACGGAUAAUGCCAAUAAUGGUGAUGUUAAUAAUGAUGAUAUUGUAUUACCAAUACAAAGUUGUACACAAUUACCACUUAGUCCUAGUCUGGUAUCCUUAAUUGAAGAUGGUGGUCCUAAUUGUCGAACAAUUUCAAUUGCUAAAACCAAAAAUAAUAACGUCGGCUUUACAUUUACAGAAAUAAAACAGGGAUUAUUUGUUUCUCAUGUAGACGAAAGAUCUUCUGCAAAGUUGAAUAAAGUACGUUUUGGUGAUAAGAUUCAAUGCAUAAAUGAUACAGAAGUUACAUCUUAUACUCAAGCUAAACAACUUAUUGAAGAAACACAUCCAACUGUAAAUUUUUCUUUUAUCGACUGCCCUUAUAGAGAAGUUAAAACAAUUUAUAAAAUUCAUGGAAAAUGUGGUCUUUUCAUCAAUGAUGGUAUGAUUUUAGAUCGUACAAAAUAUUUCAGUGCAAAAAGUGAUAAAAUUCCAUUGAAUUAUUAUAUUACUGAAAUUGAUGGUCAUAGUACUGUUCGUCUAUUAGAUGAGAAAAUAGUUUUAUUAGUUGAACGUGCUAAUUCACCAUUCUCUCUUCAUAUUGUACCUCAAUGGUUUUAUGAAUAUCUUGUUUUUGGAUUAGAUCCAUCAGGAAAUGAACUCAAAAAAGGUAAACGAACACUUUUUAGCUGUUUCCAUAAAUCAUGA